AUGUCAAACAAGGGGAAGGCGUGCGAGUCAGUCCGGGUUGUGGUCCGCUGCCGGCCGCCGAGCAACAAGGAGGCGUCGGCCGAGAAAGAGAACUCGGUCAUGGAAGUGGAUACCGAGUUGGGCCGCAUCUUCGUGCUUAAUCCGAGCGCGACACCCGGCGAGCCCGCCAAACAGUUCACCUUCCAUUCGGUGUUCGGAUGGGAGUCCACCCAGUGCGAGGUGUACGACGACGCCGUCAGGCCGGUGGUAGACUCUGUUUUGCUGGGAUUCAAUGGGACUGUUUUUGCCUAUGGACAGACCGGGACCGGGAAGACGUGGACUAUGAGGGGGGUGCCGGCCGACCCGGAAAAGCGGGGAGUCAUCCCCAACGCCUUCCAUCACAUCUUUGCCCAUAUCUCUCGCACCCGGGGGGAGAAGUACCUGGUCCGCUCCUCGUAUUUGGAGAUCUACCAGGAGGAGAUCCGGGACUUGCUGAUGGAAAACGGCCGAAAGCUGGAGCUGAAGGAGAGCCCCGAGGAAGGUGUGUACGUCAAGGACCUGUCCUGGGUGGUCACCAAGGACCCGGCCGAGAUGCACCACCUGCUGACGCUGGGUGACCGCUCUCGCUGCGUGGCCUCCACCAACGCCAACAGGCGCAGCUCACGCUCGCACGCCAUCUUCGCCGUGACGGUGGAAUGCGGGUCCGAGUCCGAGGAGCCAGUGCGGGUGGGCCGCCUCAACAUGGUGGACCUGGCCGGAAGUGAGCGGCAGAGUCGGACCGGGGCCCAGGGCGGGCGCUUGCGGGAGGCAGCCAAGAUAAACCUGUCGUUGUCCGCCUUGGGGAACGUCAUCUCGGCGCUGGCCGACGGCAAAGGCGGCCAUGUGCCCUACAGGGACUCCAAACUCACCCGCCUCCUGCGAGAUUCUCUGGGCGGUAAUGCCAAGACACUCAUGAUUGCCACAGUGGGGCCCUCGGAGCGCGAUCGCCACGAGUCCUUGGCCACCCUGAGGUACGCUGGCCGUGCCAAGAACAUCAAGAACAAACCCCGCGUCAACGAGGACCGCGAGGCUGCGCUACUUAGGGACUUCCAGAGGGAGAUCGCGAGACUAAAGGGGCUCCUGGAGGAGCGGGGCGCUCUGGCCAGGGAGCGGCGACAGAAGCGAAGAGAUAGCAAGAGACUCAGCAGGGACCUGCCGCAAAAUUGGAAUGAGGAGCACAACGAAGAAGUCAAGUGGCACCGCUCUAAUGGAAAUAUGGACGACGGCGGCUGGGAUCGUGAGGCCGUGGAGAAAAUCAUUGAGAAGUACAAGGCAAUGGAGAGCAAAUUAUUAGAGGGAGGCAAGACCAUCAUAGAUCACACCAACGAGCAGCAGAAGUUACUGGAACAGAAGCGGCAAGAGAUCGCUGACCAGAUCCGUCGAGAGAGAGAAAUUCAGCAGCAGAUGAUGCUGCAGGAUGAGGAGACCCUGGAGAUGAGGGAGACCUUCUCCUCCAUGCAGCAGGAAGUGGAGAUGAAAACCAAGAAGCUGAGGAAGUUGUACACUAAACUUCAGCUUGUAUGGGCCGAGAUGCGCGACGCCUUGGAUGAGCACGUCGCGACCAGACAGGAGCUUGAGGAGACACAGAACGAGCUCACCCGAGAGCUCAAGUACAAAUCCCUCCUGAUGGAAAAUUUUGUCCCUCCCGCCGAAAAGAAGAAGAUCAUCAACAGACUUAACUUUGAUAGCGAAGAAGAUCAAUGGAAGCUGAUGUCAGUCAUCCCAUCAGAGAGCGCGCCCACUCGGGUGAAGAGGAGACCUCUCUCCUCCAUGGGAUACAAGCGUCCCAUCAGCCAGUAUGCCCAAGCUGCUGUUGCCACAGCAACCGGGACCUCAUCCAGAUAUCAGGCUGAGAACAUCAUGCUUUUGGAGCUGGAUGUUUCUCCGCCCACCAUGUUGAGCCUCAAUCUGGAUGGGGCUCAUCUAGAGAGGGCCUUCUCCCCCAUCUUGAUGUCGGGACCCCAACCGGACAUUGUCAUGCGGGAGAGGACUGGGUCGUCAGCACGGGUCAGGAAGUCACGAUCAUGGUAUCAGGCUCCUCAAGCGGUCUGUCUUUCCACCUCGACAUCAUUUGCCACCCUGAGAUCACCGUCUCAGAGUCCGUGUGGCAAACCCAGACCUGCGUCAGCCACCUACAUCGUGCCCGAGGCCUCAUUUGAAACCAGCCCCUGA